UUCCUCCAGCCCUCCCCCUCUCUCCCUCUCUCCCCGCACUGGGCGGUAUAUUUUUGGGGGCGGUGUCCUCUCUUAUGUCGGGGAUACAUCGGAUCUACGGUGGAUUUGAACUUGCUGAGGAAGAGGAGCAGCUGAAACACAGUCUCAAACAUCCGGGGACUUGUCUGGAGAUCUCUCUCUUUUUUCGGAAAGUGUUCAAGUGAUAACCCAACAGGAGCAGCUGGAUUUUGUUUAGUUUUUAAUUUUUUCAAGGUUGUUGAGAUGAUUCCUCUCCUCCUGCUCUGCUCGCUCAGUCUGAGUUUCGCUCAAGAUCUGCUGCAUCAGCCCUACAGCUCUGUGGACGGGGUCUACAGGGCCCAGCAGCAGGGGUUAAGGGUCUUAAGAAGUAUUGUCACAGUGCCCCCUCCCUCGGUGCAGAUGCACGCCUCCGGCUCUCUGGCGGGUCGGGGGGUGCUUCCCUGCCUCUUCUCCAUCCCCCCCCACACCACUGAGUCUCCCACGUCUCCCCCUCUCCUCCCUGCAUUCCCCCUCACCUCCACCCCCGGCCCCCAGGAGGAGCUGAGGAUCAAGUGGACGAAGCUGGAUACGUCCGGGGAGGGUUUGGUGCUGGUGGCGCAGGGCGGGGCGGUGAAGGUGGGGCAGGCCUACAUGGGGAGGGUGUCUGUGGCGCCUCACCCGCUCUCGGUGGGCGACGCCUCCCUGCAUCUGGAGAGGCUGCGGGCCAGCGACGCCGGGCUGUUCCGCUGCCAGGUGACGCGCGGCCUGGAGGAGACGCAGCACACCGUCAGCCUCAGCGUCACUGGCGUUGUUUUCCACUACCGGGCGAACAGCAGCCGCUACACGCUGGACUUCCUUUCAGCCGUGGAGGCUUGUGCACACGCCGGCGCCACCAUCGCUUCACCGGGUCAACUGCAGGCUGCGUUCGAGGACGGGUUCGACCAAUGUGACGCCGGCUGGCUCUCUGACCAGACCGUCAGUUACCCGAUAGUCGAGCCUCGUCCCGGCUGUGCAGGAAAUCUUCUGAAUCGACCCGGAGUCAGAACGUACGGCCUGAGAGAGCCGGAGGAGAAAUACGACGUGUACUGCUACGUGGACAAACUACACGGCGAGCUCUUCUUCCCCGCCUCCCUCAGUCAGAAACUCUCUCUGCAGGAGUCCAGACUCCACUGCCUCUCUCUCGGCUCUGUUCUGGCCUCUCCGGGUCAGCUGUUCGCCGCCUGGAGAUCCGGAUUCAACCGCUGUGAUUACGGCUGGCUGUCGGACGGCAGCGUUCGACACCCGGUCACCGUGCCGCUGCCGCAGUGUGGGGGGGGCCAGCUGGGGGUCCGCACGCUCUACAAACACCAGAACCAGACGGGUUUCCCGGACCCCCAGGACAAGCACGGACUCUACUGCUUUAAAGCUAAGCUACCCGAACCAACGACUACAAGUCUUCCGAUGAUGCCCACUGAAUAUAUAACUGAACGCCCCAAAACCACUCCAACACCCGGACCAGUCUUCAUCCCAGAAAGAACCACUCCAACACCCGGACCAGUCUUCAUGCCAGAAAGAACCACUCCAACACCCGGACCAGUCUUCAUCCCAGAAAGAACCACUCCAACACCCGGACCAGUCUUCAUCCCAGAAAGAACCACUCCAACACCCGGACCAGUCUUCAUGCCAGAAAGAGCUGAAAUCCAAACCGAAGAUCCCGUUACAUAUUCCAAACACACCUCCGCUCAGACUCUGGCCCCCGGGACCCCCACUCCAAUGUUCAUAGACUACGACGUUCCACUUUUCAACACCAACGUAUUAGAGGCGUUACCAGGUAGAGGAGACACUUUGCCCCCCAUGAAGCUGCCUCCGCUACCGACCACCCGCGUGCAGCCUCCACAACUCGAUAUCUCCCAUGGGGGGGAGGAGGGAGGCAGAGUGGGGUCCGGCAGUGGAAGUGGGGAGGGAGGAAGCAGUGAGGGAAGCUACAGUGGGGCGAUGGUGACCCCGGGACAAGGCUGGGAGGAAACCACAACGAGACCAAGUUCCCUUCUGGAAAUCACCCCAGAAACCACAACGAGACCAAGUUCUCUUCCAGACAUCACCCCAGAAACCACACAGAGACCAUUGCAUCUUCUUCCAGAGACCCCCACCCCUGAACCAAGCGUACCAGCCAGCAGCAUAGAGGGGGGUCAGCAACCCGCUGUUGUUUUUAAAGAGGACGUCACCCCAGGAACUACAUCCACGUUUGAGCUCGACCAUUCGCUGGCCAUUCCUGUGGCCAGGGAGUCCUCCUCAGGCAAUACGCCCUUCCAUCUCAUCAUCGUCGACAUGAAGGACAGAAACCAAUCAGUGGAUGACAUCCUGAACAUCCUGAACCAGCCUCAGUCUCAGCUCAAUCAGAUCACACACUUCUCUCAGAUGAGUGGUGAAGGUGGGCAGGGCAGCGGAGACUCCCAUCCCUUCGACGUUUCUCCCAUCAACCUGCCUCCAACCAUCAGAUUCAUCAACGGAAAACAUCAGUCUGCAGACACCGAGCUGUGUGGGUUCGGCUGGCAGAAGUUUCAGUCUCACUGCUAUAAAUACUUCACUCACCGGCGGACGUGGGACGCAGCAGAGAGAGAGUGCCGUCUGCACGGGGCCCACCUGACCAGCAUCCUGUCCUCAGAGGAGCAGAUCUACAUCAACCGUAUGGGCAGUGACUACCAGUGGCUCGGUCUGAGCGACAAGAUGUUUGAGAGAGACUUCAGAUGGACCGACGGGAGGCCGAUGCAAUACGACCACUGGAGGCCGAACCAGCCCGACAGCUUCUUCCAGUCUGGAGAGGACUGUGUGGUGAUGAUCUGGCACGAGGGGGGGCAGUGGAACGACGUUCCCUGCAACUAUCACCUGACCUUCACCUGCAAGAAGGGCACAGUCUCCUGUGAGCAGCCCCCCAUGGUGAAGGAUGCUCGGGUGUUCGGGGCAAUGAAGCCUCGCUACGAGAUCAACACGCUGCUGCGAUAUCACUGUGAACAGGGCUUCAUCCAGAGACACGCCCCCACCAUCCGCUGCCGGGCCAACGGCCAAUGGGACGCCCCGAAAGUCACCUGCACGAGCCCCGCAACUUACCACAAGGCAAUGACUCUCCGGCGCCGCAACAACCGGAACAACGAGCAGGAAAUCCAGCACAUCCACCACACCAAGAGUCCCCAGAAACUGAACGAAAACGAGGAGCAGAAGCAGAGUUUCAGCUUCUUUCAGAACAUCUGGAACCCUUUCCAGAGGGAGAAGAGGCAACAGCAGCAAGCGCACGACGAGGAAGAGAUGAGGCACUGAUCCGAGCGUUUUUAAAUCAGCCAAACACAUUUCUGUUUGGUCCAGAGGCAUCUUUAGACAGAGGGAUGCAAUGAACUGUCUGUUAAUGGUGCUUCACCGGUACAUUGUCCCCCAGAAACACUCCAGGAUCUGAACCGUAACACUAGUGAGAAGUUAGUUUCAUAUCUUAAUUCUUCUCUGAUUAUAUCGAGUCACAACGUUCCGAAUAGGAAGACUUUUAAUGGUCAUUAUCAAGACGUCUGAGAAACGUCAGGUUUCCUCUGCACGAUCCAACUCGACUCGACUCAAUUUUGGUACCUGGUGCUUUUCGAGAAUACGUUUUCCAAUGUCGACGGACUCUUAGUAUCCCAUCAUAGCUUUGUUGCAUCAAACUGACAAGAAAGCUUAACUGUGACACUCUUUGGACCCUUUUAUACAGAACCAAACAGUCGAACAAACGCACUUCAAAUUGCCUAAAGUGGUUUUGCAGGUUGACAUUUUUAUUUCCGCAACUCCUGCAAAAUAGUUUCUUUCUCCAUGAACUCAGCUGAUCUUGCAUACCACCACUAAUGUUAUUUUCUUUCAGUGAAUGUAUACUUCAAGCACCUUGGCUGCGCUUUACCAUUUUUGGAAAAACGUAUUUAUAUCGUGCUGUCUCCUUAAAGCUAAAACCAAGCCUUACCAUAUCCGUUACAAGCCACAUUUUGGACUUUGACGUAGAUCAAAAUAUCUGUUUUUACCCAGAGUAUCUGCAGAAUAAAUCCAUACCAUACCGGACGUGUUAGGAUCCAAUAAAGCUAGCCGUAGCUAUUGACGUUAGCUUGGCUUUUUAAAAGAAGAAAGUCCCAGGUACUAUCCACACAUUUUGCUGAUGGAAAACCAAAAGAAAGUUGAGUCGAGCCCUGCAGCGGAAACAAGUCUUGUGUUUCCUUUCUUUCGUUUAGGACCUGAACACAUUUUUCAAUCUUUUUUUUAAAGGUACGCUGUGGAGCUUAUUUUAGUUUGUGAUACGUAAAAAAGGGGCCGACUCUUAAAAACAUUGAUUAAACUGCACAAGGUGCCUUUAAUUUAACGUUGGGAACUUAGAGCACAAUAUUAAAAUACUUGAAUGGUUUAUUUUUAUAAAAACCAGUCCAGUAGUUUUGAAAAAGCAUGAAUUCAUCACUUUAAAUUAUUAUUAAGAACAUUUCCCAACGUGUCCAGUCUCAGUUUGUUGCUGCUCAUUAAGACCCGUUUCCACCAGCUGAUUUCCACGUGUAGAUUUUUGUACAAAAUAUUUCAGCUUGAGAAAAGUUUUUUUAAAUAAAAGGGAAAUGGAGAUUUAAAGAGCGGCACACGAAUCUGAAGAGGAGAUUAUUAUGAAUGUGUGUGUGCUAUUAAUCAUAGGAUAUAUAAUAUAGAUACUAUACGAAGCCAUAAGAAAUUAAAUUAUUGUAUACUUUAAAAACUAUGAAAGGACUGUGAUGUUAAAUAAAGGUCUUGCUGUUUACAGAUCUCAAAGCAUUUGUUGAGAUGCUUUUUAUUGACUCAAAUUCACCUCCAAAUUCUCCUUUUCUACGAAUAUUUGUUGGGUUUUGAGCUUAGAGGUGUUGCGUUUUGCUACAGAUCUGGAAUCUGUGUUUUAAAAUCCAUUGAAUAAAGGAAUGUGAAAAUACGAGAGUGUAUUAGGACCAUUGUAGGUUAAAACAAAUACAAAUAAGGAGCCAUAGAAGGGGAGGAUAAUCCAAGAAAAACGUUUUUAAAAUGACAUUUAAAAAGGAUAAAACUAUUCAUUCAGAUUAAAGUGUCGAACUCAAGUUGGAAAAAACUCACAAUGUUCAAUAAAAAAAGAAAAUUCUCUGACAUAAAAUCCAAAAUUAUGAUAUACAAAAUACAUAGAUGGAAAUUCAAUAAAUUGGAUUUUAUUAUAUAAGAAGUAUAAAACAUAAUCUUUAAUAAAUUAAAAAGUACAUUUGGGGACAUGUUUUAUAGUUGUUUGGCUUUUGCGCUACUUGAAACUAAAAUAAAUGCAGAUGUUUUGACACCGACUGUAAUAUGCGGUGUUUUAUUGCAGCGUUUUUCCUGCAAAGGUAUGGUGUUAUAACCUCAGAGAAUUUAUCAAAGUGUGUAUGUACAUAUACGACUUUAAUCUCUUGAAUUGUUCCUUGAAAUAUGGAUUUUUUUUUUUUUAAACCUACAAUAGUCUGAUACGCCAUCAUAGAGACAAGCUUUGUUUUUAGAUCUCCUCUUCAUACGUUUUCCUUUUUAUAUAUUGUCUGUCAGUGUAAAUGCUUUUUUUAAAUGUUCUUCUACUCCAUGUGGUUUACUGUAUCUUUGGCACAAGAGCGUAUUUGUAUGUAAUCAUUGUUUCUUUCUCCAUUUUGAGUAACUGUAAAAAAAAAAUGUCCUUCAUCCUGGUUUCAGUGUCAUUGUCAGCUGUGUGUGCAAUAAUAGGAAUUAUCAUAACAUG